GCCCUGGGUCCUCGCUCCCCCUGCAGCUGCGGCGGGGGAGGCGGUAUGUCGCGGCGGGGCCGGGUGUAGCUCUUUCCCGAUGCCGCUGUUUGUCGCGGAGUUUGGAAGAGAUUUAUUGGCUGCCUCUUGCUAAGCCACGCUUGAGUAACCCGAGCUGCUGCGCGGCGUGGUGAAACCCGGAGGGGGGGAACGUCACUCCCUCUGGCAGCGGAGCAACAUUAGUCUUCCAGCCCUCUAACCAUCGCUACAGCGUCGGAAACUGCCGGGUCACAGCCAUUUGCUUUGGAAAAUUGGCGAUGUUUGGUGCUAGAGAUCGAUUACCCUCGUAAUCUUUACCCCACCUCCUCCUGCUUUACCCCACCCCUACCCGCCCCAGACAAUAGCGUCCGCGGUCCGCCGGGGGAAAAAAAAAAAAAUAGAAAAGAAAGCAAGGAAAGAAAGAAAGAAAGAAAAAGAAAGAACUGGGGGAUGGAUCUGACUCCGAUAGGAAAAGCGUGUGUCUAGAAGUGGUGCUAAUGGGAAGAGAUUUCCGAGCUCCAGAGGACGAUGGUUUCUCACAAAAGGUAGCUGGCUCGGUGCUCGGGACUGGAACCGUGUAGGAGAUCCUUGGAGAAGUCCUUGUGCACAGAAAGCCGAAGAUCUGUACAAACAUGCCUGUUCGCAGAGGCCAUGUGGCACCACAAAAUACAUUUUUGGGUACAAUCAUACGAAAAUUUGAAGGGCAAAAUAAAAAAUUCAUCAUUGCUAAUGCUAGAGUGCAGAACUGUGCUAUCAUCUACUGCAAUGAUGGGUUCUGUGAGAUGACUGGGUUCUCCAGACCAGAUGUCAUGCAGAAACCUUGCACCUGUGAUUUUCUUCAUGGACCAGAGACCAAAAGACAUCAUAUUGCUCAAAUUGCUCAAGCACUGCUGGGGUCAGAGGAGAGGAAAGUGGAAGUCACCUACUAUCACAAAAAUGGGUCUACCUUCAUCUGCAAUACUCACAUAAUUCCAGUGAAAAAUCAAGAGGGAGUAGCAAUGAUGUUUAUUAUCAACUUUGAGUAUGUAACAGAUGAAGAGAACAUUGCAUCUCCUGAGAAGUGCAACCCAAUAUUGCCAUCCAAACUUGUAAAUCGCAAACUUUUUGGGUUCCGGUUACCUGGAUUGAGACUUUUAACAUACAGAAAACAGUCCUUACCACAAGAGGAUCCUGAUGCAGUGAUAAUCGACUCAUCUAAGCACAGUGACGACUCAGUGGCUAUGAAGCACUUUAAAUCACCUACAAAAGAAAGUUGUAGUCCUUCAGAAGUGGAUGACACAAAAGCACUGAUUCAACCAAGUACAUGUUCACCUUUGGUUAAUAUAUCAGGACCUCUCGACCAUUCAUCACCUAAACAGCAAUGGGACAGACUUUAUCCAGACACAAUACAGACAAGCAAUCCACUAACCCAUUCCAGAUCAAAAGAAAGCAUUUGUAGUAUACGGAGAGCAUCUUCAGUACAUGACAUAGAAGGCUUUACCGUCCACCCGAAGAACAUUUUUAGGGAUCGUCAUGCAAGCGAAGACAAUGGUCGCAAUGUCAAAGGGCCUUUUAAUCAUAUCAAAUCAAGUCUGUUGGGAUCUACAUCGGAUUCAAAUCUCAACAAGUACAGCACAAUCAACAAAAUUCCUCAACUCACCCUGAACUUUUCAGAUAUCAAAAAUGAAAAAAAAUCUUCAUCUCCUCCUUCUUCGGAGAAAGCAAUUAUUGCACCUAAGGUGAAAGAUCGAACGCACAAUGUAACAGAGAAGGUUACCCAGGUUCUAUCCUUAGGGGCUGAUGUUCUACCAGAAUAUAAACUCCAAACACCUCGCAUCAACAAGUUUACUAUAUUGCACUAUAGUCCUUUUAAAGCUGUCUGGGACUGGCUUAUUUUGUUGCUGGUAAUAUACACCGCCAUAUUCACCCCUUAUUCUGCUGCCUUCCUUCUGAAUGAUAGCGAGGAACGGAAGAGAAGAGAGUGUGGAUAUUCUUGCAGCCCACUGAAUGUUGUAGACUUAAUUGUGGAUAUUAUGUUUAUCAUUGACAUUCUAAUCAACUUCAGAACAACAUAUGUAAACCAGAAUGAAGAAGUGGUAAGUGACCCUGCAAAAAUAGCAAUUCACUACUUCAAGGGCUGGUUCCUCAUCGACAUGGUGGCCGCCAUUCCCUUUGAUCUGCUCAUCUUUGGCUCUGGCUCUGAGGAGACAACAACACUAAUAGGUCUUCUGAAGACAGCUAGACUGCUGCGUUUGGUGAGGGUAGCACGGAAAUUGGACAGAUAUUCAGAAUAUGGUGCUGCAGUUCUGAUGCUCCUUAUGUGCAUUUUUGCACUAAUUGCACACUGGCUUGCUUGUAUUUGGUAUGCCAUUGGAAAUGUAGAAAGACCUUACUUGGCUCAUAAGAUUGGCUGGCUGGAUUCUUUAGGAGAGCAAUUAGGAAAACACUACAAUAAGAGUGAUGCAAGUUCUGGACCAUCCAUCAAGGACAAAUACGUUACAGCACUUUAUUUUACAUUCAGCAGUCUCACAAGUGUAGGAUUUGGAAAUGUUUCUCCAAACACCAACUCAGAGAAAAUCUUUUCCAUCUGUGUCAUGUUGAUUGGCUCAUUAAUGUAUGCGAGUAUUUUUGGAAACGUAUCUGCAAUAAUCCAAAGACUCUAUUCAGGAACUGCACGAUAUCACAUGCAGAUGUUGCGAGUAAAGGAGUUUAUACGCUUUCAUCAAAUCCCUAAUCCUCUGCGGCAGCGACUUGAGGAAUACUUCCAGCAUGCAUGGACAUACACCAAUGGCAUUGACAUGAACAUGGUCCUGAAGGGCUUUCCAGAAUGCUUACAAGCUGACAUUUGCCUGCACCUCAACCAAAAUUUACUUCAGAACUGCAAAGCUUUCCGGGGGGCCAGUAAAGGCUGUCUUCGAGCUUUGGCUAUGAAAUUUAAGACAACACACGCUCCUCCUGGAGACACGUUAGUGCACUGUGGAGAUGUCCUCACUGCUCUUUACUUCGUGUCAAGAGGCUCCAUUGAAAUUCUUAAGAGUGAUAUUGUUGUAGCCAUUCUAGGAAAAAAUGAUAUUUUUGGGGAGAUGGUACAUCUUUAUGCAAAACCAGGAAAGUCAAAUGCAGACGUGAGAGCUUUAACGUACUGUGACUUACAUAAGAUCCAGCGAGAAGAUCUCCUAGAAGUUUUGGAUAUGUAUCCUGAAUUUUCUGAUCUUUUCCUCACAAAUCUAGAACUGACAUUUAAUCUGAGAGAUGAAACUGCAAAGUCUGACAUCGUAAUAAGAUCACAAACUACUAAUGAUACAAACGGAGAUAACUGCAAACUAAGAAGACGGAAAUUGUCCUUCCAAAGUGAAAUAGAAAAAGAUUAUUUCAAAGAGAACGAUCAGAGUGAUCCUGAACCCACAGGGGACAACUCCAGAUUUUAUCAAUCUAUUAAGAAACACUUUGAGGAGAAAAAAAGUGGCUCAUCAUCAUUUGUGUCCUCCAUUGAAGAUGAGCAGAAACCCCUGUUCUCUGGGAUAGCUGAUUACCCAUCUGUAACAGAGAAAACUACAGAGCUGGACUUUGAAGAAAUGAUUCAUGCAACAGAAGAAAUUCUUACUGACAAAAGAAGUGACUCUUGCAAAGAUAUCACUGAUAAAAGAAACUGGGAGGAACAGAACGUGAGGGAAUACCAGGACUCCCCAAGUCACUCAGCAUUACCACACGUAACGUGGGGUAUCUGCGAUACUGAAAGUGACUAUGUAUAUGGAGAAGUGGAGAAUCGAUUAGAUUUACUUCAAGAGCAACUCAACAGGCUUGAAUCCCAGAUGACUGCAGAUAUCCAAACCAUACUGCAGCUUCUGCAGAGGCAAUCAACACUCAUUCCACCUGCCUACAGCAUGGUGACUGCAGGCGCAGAGUAUCAACAGCCAGCAAUCCGGUUUACACAAAAUCUUCAUCCUGUAGCAUCAAUUAAAACAGACAGAAGUUUCAGUCCUUCAUCUCAGUGUCCUGAAUUUCUAGACCUUGAAAAAUCGAAACUUAAAUCCAAAGAAUCUCUCUCAAGUGGAGUACAUCUUAACACAGCCUCAGAAGACAACCUGACUUCCUUUUUAGAUCAAGAACGUGAACAGUCUGCAGAGUGUCCCCCACAGCAUCCUAAACCUUAUCUCCCAUCAAUUAGGCACCCUUCCUUGCCAGAAUGUUCAGUAAGCACUGUAGGAAUCUUGAGUCUUCAUAGGCAUGUUUCUGAUCCUGGUCUUCCUGGGAAAUAAUACUUUACUUUUAUACUAUAAUUUCACAUAAAAAAUGUAAGUGCUUUUAAUGGCUGUUUUUCCUUUUUUUGUAUUUAAAUCCUCUAUACUUGACUCAGGGGCUACAAGGAAUAUAUAUGCAAAAGUACUGUAUAUUUUCCUAAAUCUGAAGCUUGUAAGGUAAAGUUGAGCAGUUCUGAUGUAAAUAUAUAUAUACACACACACACACUAACUGUAUGUUCCAAAUGUAAAACUGCCAGCAUUCUCAAGGCACCUUAUAUUUUUAUUUUUUACUAAAUAACAUGCAUGUUCUAUGAUUACAGUUUACGUUGCAUGGAGACAACCAUUUACUGCUGUCACAGAAACAGUAUUUUAUUGUGGAUAUGUCUUCAGAGCAAAUAGGAAACCAAUAAUUUACAUAGGAAAAAAACUCCUUCUUGACCAAGCUAAACUCCAAGCAAAAACUUCUAGCUCACUUUUGAAAAUUUGGGUUGACUUUUUUGUAGUAAGCUUUUUACAAUAAAUGGUUAUGAUUCUGCACCUAGAAAAAAAAAUAAAAUAAGGUAAUCAGGUCUUCUAGGUUCAAAACAAUCAGGACUUAGAAAGCAGCCUCCUUCCAAACCAGCUGAAACAGGGCAGGACUUUAACAGUGAGGAAAACUGCCACAUGCUGGAAAGUAUCACAACAGACUGCAUCCACAAAGCCACAUUAAUUGAAUAGUUUUUUUUUCCAGUACUACUUCAUUUUAUUUUAUUCACAGCAUAGAAGUUAACUGUCAUGAGCAGGCAGGUACUCUUCAUCUGUCACACAAACAUAAUCAAAUGCAAUAAAUCUAAUUUCUAUAUAACAUAGAAGACUGUGUUCCUUUUGUUCAAUGCAAGUUAUGAAGAACCUGUAUAAUUAAACAUACAUUACAAUCUUUUGUUUUAUAAUUAUUAGGGUGGUUGUUUGGAGUUCUCUCUUUUUACUGACUGGCUCAUCUACAGCAUUCCCAGAUAGAGUACAUAUGUAUGUGGACACACAUACCACAUACACGUUCCCAUAGGUGUGCAUGUGUGUAAAUGAUAUAUGUAUAUAUGUGUAUGUAUGUGUGUAUGUUUAUAUACACACAUACACACAAGUGUGUGUAUAUACCUACACUUACAUGUAGGAGUAUAGAUAUAGAGUUAUAUAUAUAUAUAUAUAUAUAUGUAUAUAUGUAAGAUCACUUUGAGGAACAAUUGUAAACUUUCUUAUUACAAAAGAAGUAAGCUUAGCUUGUGUCCAAAGCUGACUACAUUAGAAUGAAAUGAUUUAAGGUCCGUAGGCUUUAAAUACAGUAUGUACUAUAUGUGCAUAAUGCUUUGUGAAUACUUAGAUUUAAUUUUAUUAAAAUAUUAUUCUGCUUCAAAUGUUGUGUUUAUUUUAGAAGGAAAUGACUUUUUUAUUACUGUUUUAACAUAUUUAAAAUUGUUCACAUGAUUUUCUAAUCUGAAAGCUUUAAUGUGAAAUUCCUCUGGGAAGAGAGCUGAUUAUAGAAACGCAUGUAACCCAGUUAGUGGGUGAGCACUGAAAAUUUAACUAAAAAUCCCUUUGCUGUAAACCAGUGUCCAGGGUAAUGCAGUAGUGAUUAACCUUCAAAUUAAUAGAUGCAUAAAUUAUACAUUGGCUCAGAAUAACGUGGCACUUUUAGACAUACACAGCAAGUAGAUAUACACAAAGAGGCUGAAUCUUCUCUCCUUUAAAAUUUGUGGGACUGUUGAAUUACUGAGCAAGGCUCUGCUUCAUUUCUGUAUGUAAAGAUACAAAAAUGAAUUAACACCCUUUGUAAAUUAGAAAAAUCCAGCCUCUCUCAUAUACGAUCAAGUCUUCUUCUGUCUCGUGUUACUGCUGAUUGUUGAAAGGUUCAAAUCAUACAACACUCUGCUCUUUCCUCUACCGCAAUGAUUAGAGUUCUUACUGCAUAGUGCCUUGUAAGAUUGGAUCCCAGGUGACGGCAUCGUUGGGCCAGUUGGAAUGUUUGCCUCCAUAUACUCCACUGAAACAGCAGUGCUGAAUAAGAAAGUAAAAUAGCUUCUGGGUUUUGCUGUUUUUAUACCUCAGUGGCAAGCAUUAACAUAUUCUGCUCUAAGUUUAGUAACUACUUGUAGUAUCUGUUACAAAGAAGAAAUUAGCAUUUUCUAAAAAUAUAUUUCUGGUUAUACUACAUUUAAAAGAAUCUGGUAAAAAUUAAAAAUAAAAUUAAUGAAAAGAAGUAUAAUACAUGAGCACUGCUUUACAAAACAUGUUUUGCUCAGUUUCAUGACUUGGGAUUUUAUAUUUAUGCCAACAGACCAACAGUGGAGUAGAGUAACAGAGCUGGGGAAGAGAAAAGUCAGCUGUCACAGUUGUUUCAAGAGAAGGUAAAGCUCCAUCCUUCACUCUUUGCAAUGGCUCCCAGAGCCUUGUUCCUUCACUUCUCCUUGUACUUAUCAAAAAAUAAUUAAAAUAAAAAUUUAAAAAAAAAAAUUAAAAAUCUGAAUUGGGAUCAAGUGAGGGAGUUCUAAUUCUAAACUCUGUAACAUACCUGCUCCUGGGUAAAGAAACAAAACAUCAAAGAUAACAGUUCCACUGGCUGUCCCUUCCCUACCAAAGAUCUGCCUUCUUAGAUACCUUCUUUUCUUGUUUAAGUACAGUGAAACACACAAAGACACACUGCUUUGAGAUUCUUUUCUUCCACAAACAGAUGCAAACCAUUGUUUUUGGAAAUGUGAACAGCAAAAAUUAUCUUAUUUUGUUGGGUUUUUUUUUGUUUUGUUUUGUUUUGUUUUGUUUUGUUUUUCUGUAGCGCAGUUCAUUUCUGACUCAGUGAAAUAGUUCUGAGUUAUCCAGAUAAAGCUGGAAGUAAUACAGGAGUUGCAUAUUCAUUCACCAAUACACAGCUGUAACGUUUCCAUGGAUACUUUCAGAACUUUAGGAGAUGUGGAUUUGGUUUUGCUUGAGCCCAAGAAGUCUCAUCUUGACUGUUUACAUUUAAAACUUGUGAGUAAAAAUACUCACAUACAGAGAAGUAUCCAGGAAAUUCAAGAAUAGCUGAUGUAACUGAAAUAUCAAGGAAAUCAGUACAAUCACUCCAGCGAUGAGAGUUACCAUGCAGGCUAUACAUCCCCAUCCAACCUGGCCUUGAAUAACUCCAGGCAUGGGGCACCCACAACUAUUCCUCCAGGCAGCCUGUGCCAGUGUCACUGCCAAGCCAUCCUAAGUGAAUUAAAAUGUGCCUGAUAAGAAAGACCUGUAUGCCAAAUGCCAAGCACAUUGAUAGUUGCAAUCAUGUGUUCAAUAAAGCUUCUUGAGUUGUUUUUCCUCUUUUUUUUUUUUCACACAACAAAACAAAACAUAAAAUCCACGUUCCCUAUUUGUUUAUUUAUCUCUUACAUCAUUAUCACUAAUGAAAAACCCACUAAAAUAUAGGUGGAUGCUCUUGUUUGAAGUAGUCUCACUUUCUAAAUUCAUAUCAAAUGUUUAAUGAAAAUAUUUAUUGUAAAUUGUAAAGUUGUUUCAAAUCUGAAAAAAACUUGGUAUGCAGACAAUGGCAUAAAUAAUUUGUAAGUGGCGUCUUACAUACUUGGAAUAAAAAAAGCAUGCAGAAAGUC